UCAUACAACGAUCGACCGAAGUUAGCCACCGGCAACACGAUGACGACGACGACGACGACAACCAAAGCAACCAGAACAACCAAAACAACCGGAACAACAACGAUGACAGCGAGGCGCGGAAAGUUCUCGACAGCAUCCUCGGUGCUGCUGCUCUGCGCAGCCCUGCUAAUGACCAAGUCCUGCGGCAUUCUGGCCCUCAGUGGCGAUGGCAAUGCCCAGUUGCCAGGUCAGGCAGACGCCUGGAGCGAGACAACAACAGUCAGCGAAGGCAGCGGCUGGGAGGUAACAAUUGGGAGCACAGAUCAGCCAGAGGCACCAACAACAGAGCCCAUAGAGGAGCAGGAUACAACAACAAUUGGGGCGGAUAUACCAACGGAAGGAGGCGUAGAGACUACUGCGCCCACCACGCUCAAUCCCAACGAGCCCGAGCCGGAGACUACAGCUGCGCCCACUGAGGAACCGUCCACUGCGGGCCCCGGCGAGGAACAGUCAACCACUGCAGGCCCCGGCGAGGAGCAGUCUUCCUCAAGCCCCAGCGAGCAGCCGUCCACUUCUAGCCCCGGCGGGGAGCAGUCGACCACUGCAGGCCCCGGCGAGGAGCAGUCCUCUUCAGGCCCCAGCGAGGAGCCACCGACCACCACACCCAGCGAGGAGCUGCCCACCACAACGGAAGCAGAGCCAAUUAUAACCACGAUUGCACCAACGCCACCGGCACCGCCCGUAUUCGAGUGCCCGACCGUGGGUCUAUUCCCAGACAUCAGUGGCGACUGUCAGCGCUUCCACAACUGUCUGCUGAAUCUGCUGACGGGUGAGCUGAAGUCCUAUGAUAUGGUAUGCCCGCCACUGCUGGCCUUCUCGCCCAGCUACGGCCGCUGCGUGCGCGAUUUGGCGGAAUGCGACAGCGAUGCGUUCGUUUGCCCGAGGCCCGGACGCUUUGCCGGCAGCGAUGAGACCCACUACUAUAACUGUGUGCCGAGCCUGCGCGGAGGUUUCCACAAGUACAUCGUGCGCUGCUCCGUUGGUCAGCGCUUUGAGCCUUUGAUAGGCCGCUGCUGGCGUUACGAUUGGUCGCUAUUGUUGCCCGGACAGGCGCUGGAAGCUAGCGACUUGGCGGCCAUCAAGCGUGAACAAAAGGAAUUGAAGGCGGAGGAAAAGCUGCGCCUGAAGGCCCAGAAGAAUCAAGAGAAAUUGGCCCGCAAGCAGCAGAAACUGGAGGAGAAACUGGCCAAGAAGGCGGCCAAGGAACAGGCCAAGAAGGACGCCAAGGCCAACAAACCCCUGUCCGUCGAGAGCGCCGAGUCCCCAGAGCAGCCCAGCUUCGAGUUCUAAGUCCAAUCUAAUCCAAUCCAAUCCAAUCCAAUCCCCAAAUUCCUCACGCACUCACAAUCUAUGCUGGUGUAUAUAGCGUAGUCUCAUUUGGUUAUGGUACUUUAAUUCUAUCAUAUUUUUUUUUCUUUCCGUAUUGCAUGAAUAAAGACUAAAAUUCUUUAAUA